ACGUUUGUUGUAUUGAUUGUAAAUUUUUUGGGAAAAGUACUACUUGUUAAUGCGUUUCGUAAUAUAAAUAGUUAUUAUUUUGUUUCAAAAUGGCUUUACACGUUACAUCAAAAAUUAUACGCAGUUUUAGUGUACCCGCAAGACUAUCGUCAGCGGGAUAUCACAAAAAUGUGAUCGAACAUUACGAGAAUCCAAGAAAUGUUGGGUCAUUAGAUAAAAAUGAUAAAAGCGUUGGUACUGGACUUGUAGGAGCCCCAGCUUGUGGUGAUGUUAUGAAAUUGCAAAUUAAAGUGGACGAAAAUGGAAAAAUAGUCGAUGCGAAGUUUAAAACAUUUGGAUGUGGUUCAGCUAUUGCCAGCAGUUCAUUUACCACUGAAUGGGUAAAAGGUAAAACUGUGGAUCAAUGCCUCAAACUCAAAAAUACGGAAAUAGCAAAAGAGCUAUCAUUACCUCCGGUUAAAUUACAUUGUUCCAUGUUGGCAGAAGAUGCUAUCAAGGCUGCAUUGUCAGACUACAAGAUAAAAAACCAGAAAUAGAUUACUUUGAGGAAAGAAUGAAAUUGAAAUGAAAUGUGAUAAUUUGGUACUAGUUGGAUUAUAAUUGUUAAAUAAUAAAGUAAUAAUAUCAAUUACAA